UGUUGUUGCCCUGGUUAUAGUUUGACCCAUAGCGAAGAGCCUGGGAACCACAACACGUUUCAAAUGCGCAUGCGUCAUAGCUAAAAACAAAAUGGCGGACGAAGUGGAAAAAACUGCGACUAGAACAACAUGUGGAUUUUUUAUGGCGAGAAAAAAUCGUUUCUGCAAAAUGAUUGUUGGAAAAGGAAAGAGGUAUUGUGGUGAACAUUCACAUCUUGGUGGAGAAGAUAAGGCUUGUGGUCGUACAAGAAUACCAUGUCCUUUGGACCCAAAACAUACUGUAUUUGAAGAUCAGCUCCAAAAACAUCUCAAACGCUGUAAUGUUAAAAAGAAAACUGAUGUGAUAUAUUUUGAAAAGAAUAUAAACUCUGGUUURACAGACUACAAACCAACAGAGGGAGAAACAACUCCAUUACCAGAUGUAUCACUACAAACAGUUAAAGAGUUGAUAAAUAGAGUAAAAUAUAUACAUCAAGAUAAUUGUCCAGAAAUAAAAGAAUCCAUCUUAUCCCACAGUAUUUUUAAUGAUGAAUUAUCAAAAAGUGAAUACGGUACUUCGGCAUUGAAGCAUCUUAAACAGCAGGCGUCAUUAAUUGGUCAUUUACAAAAGCUUGAUCUCUUGAAGUCUGAUACAGUGUACUUAGAAUUUGGGGCAGGGAAAGGAAAGCUUUCGCACUGGAUCCAACAAGCAAUUCCUAAUGCAAGCAACACUGAGUUUGUUUUAAUAGAUAGAGCAAGUAAUAGACAUAAGUUUGAUUCUAGUCAUAAAAGGAAUGAUCAAGGACCUGACUUUAAGAGACUGAACUUGGACAUAGAACAUCUUAAUUUGGGCAAAGUGCCUUUAGUUGGGAAAUCCUCGAAGGAUAUUACUGCAGUAAGCAAGCAUUUAUGUGGGACAGCGACUGACCUUACAUUGCGUUGCUUGUUUGAAACACUCAGUGAUAAAGUUUGCAAUGACAAUAUUAAUAGCAGCAAAGAUUCCUCAGACCAUGACCAAAGCCAUUCAAAAAGGUUAAAGAGUUCUCCUGAUAUCAAAGGAAUAGCCAUAGCCCUGUGUUGUCAYCACCAGUGUUAUUGGCCMCAUUAUGUUGGGAGACCAUUCCUUGAGGGACUUGGUUUUACUGCAGUAGACUUUCAUCUGAUAUGCUGCAUAAGCAGUUGGGCUACCUGUGGAAUAAGACCACCAAAGUCCAAUCCAGAUGUAAAAGAGAAUAAUGAAGAAAGUCAAGCSAAAACAGAAAAUAUCACUGGACAUGUACAGUCUUUAGGUCUGUCCAUUGCAGAACGGGAAGAUAUUGGUAGACAAUGUAAAAGAUUGUUGGACCUGGGCAGGUUAUGGUAUCUAAGAACAAAGGGAAUGUCUGCUAAACUCUGUUACUAUGUAGACAGGUCAGUUUCUUUAGAAAACGUUGUAUUAUUAGCUACAGAAGAUAGAUUAAGAGAGGAAGAUAGGUGAUGAGAAAAUGAAAUGAUGCAACAUCAAGCUGAUGCUUAAAAGUUUAAAUAUUUACACUGUUUAUCAAGCUGGCGUAGAAACUGUGAACUGAGAUUUUUGAUUAAUAAGAGAUUAAUAUAUUGCAGCCAAUUAAUAAUAUUACAUUACAAAAAUAUCUUUUUAUGACAUUUUAUUUUUCAUUAAUUUGUAGUCAAAAUUAUGAUUUUCACAUACAAUCAUGGCUCGUAAGCCUAGAUUAUUACUAUUCCUAUCUAAAUCCAAUUAUAAUAUUUAAAUAAAUACUUAUUUCCCCAUAACCUUGUUUGGCUCAUUUAUUAAAACAUGAAAUCCAUGCUCCUUAACAUUCAAAUUUKCUGUUUGAAUGCUAAAUAAUGUCAUCCAUGUAUUAGCGAAAAGAAUCGUAUUUUCAAAUAAUGGAAGAAUGUUCUGGAGCAUGCAAAAAAGCAUACAAGAAAUGCUCCAUUUUAAUAUUUAAUCUUGUUGAAAACUAUGAUCUAUAAUGAAAUUGUAAAAUAUUGUUGAAAAUAUAUUGCAAUGGAUUUUCUAUAUAAGCUUUUUGUAAUUAUUAUACAAUAUAUUCAGAAAUAUAGACUAUCUAGAGAACAAGAAAAAGAAACAUGGCAGCAAACUUUAUCAAGGUGCAGAUUGGCCCUAUUUUUCCCUUAUUUCACCACAAUGACAGAAGACUUUUCUAACAAAAUACAACCGUCAUCAUAGUUUUUUGAUUAGAGAUUUUUUUUACUGCUUCUUUACUAUACAAAAUGUAAAAGAGUAGAUUUGACCUUGAAGAAAGUCCUUUUUUGGAUUUSUUCAGAAAGAAAAAGACAAACCUUUACUGGAUUUGAAGAAAAUAUCCAGAUAAACUAGAAAAUGUUUUAUUUUUGUUUGUUUUUAAGUAUAAAAAGAUUGACUACUGGGCUGGGUUGUUCAAAGCCUGAUUAACG